UUUUAUUUUUCCCUUUCUCUUUCUUUUCAGUCCCCACACCACGCCCUGUUUGGAUGCUCUAAAAGCGAUCCAAAAGUGGCGCUAACUCUCAUUUUCCGUUUUCUAUUUUGCCGCUUAUUUAUUUACUUCUUGCUCAGUCAACUGAACUGUUGAAGCUUACGUGACUCAGAAAACCUACUUACCUACGUUCUGUGCCGCUGCCGCCGCCGCGUUUUCUUUUUUAUCUUUCUCUCGUUUUCUCCACGACCUAACAGGGCUGGGAUUGGAACAAUGCACGGAAGGUAUGGCGAGAGAUCGAGCGGCGCGGCGCGAGAGAAGCGAGGUUUGGAUUCGGCUUCGGCCGNAGAAGGCCAACCUGAUCGGAAACGACCUGCUUUGGCUAGUGUAAUUGUUGAAGCCCUGAAGGUUGACAGUCUGCAGAAACUUUGCUCAUCACUGGAGCCUAUUCUACGCAGAGUUGUUAGUGAAGAAGUCGAGCGUGCUUUGGCAAAACUAUGCCCCUCCAAGCUUGCUGGCAGGUCUUCCCCAAAGCGAAUAGAAGGCCUUGAUGGCACAAAUUUACAAUUGCAGUUCAAGACCAGGCUGUCCCUUCCCCUCUUCACAGGUGGAAAGGUGGAGGGAGAGCAAGGUUCAGCUGUUCAUAUCGUUUUAAUUGAUGCAAACACUGGCAAUAUUGUCACAUCAGGGCCAGAGUCAUGUGUCAGGCUAGAUGUUAUUGUACUGGAGGGAGAUUUCAAUAACGAGGAUGAUGAUAAUUGGACUGAAGAAGAAUUUGAUAGUCAUAUUGUGAAAGAGCGGGAAGGAAAAAGGCCUCUUCUAACUGGUGAUCUGCAAAUCACACUUAAGGAAGGGGUAGGAACACUGGGUGAGCUUACAUUUACGGACAACUCUAGCUGGAUAAGGAGUAGGAAGUUCAGGUUGGGCCUGAAAGUUGCCUUGGGUUGCUGCGAUGGAAUGCGUAUCCGUGAAGCCAAAUCAGAACCUUUCACUGUUAAGGAUCAUCGCGGAGAAUUAUACAAGAAGCACUACCCUCCUGCCUUGAAUGACGAGGUCUGGAGACUGGAGAAAAUUGGCAAGGAUGGCUCAUUUCACAAAAGGCUAAAUAAAGCUGGAGUAUAUACUGUUGAAGACUUCUUAAGACUUGUGGUCAGAGACCCUCAGAGAUUGCGGAAUAUCCUUGGAAGCGGCAUGUCAAAUAAGAUGUGGGAUAUUCUUGUUGAACAUGCCAAGACUUGCGUUCUCAGUGGAAAACAUUAUGUGUACUAUCCUGAAGAUGCAAGAAAUGUGGGUGUUGUUUUCAACAAUAUUUAUGAAUUAAGUGGCUUAAUUGCCAACGAUCAAUUUUACUCAGCUGAUUCUCUCUCUGAGAAUCAAAAGGUUUAUGUAGACACGUUGGUGAAGAAAGCAUAUGAUAAUUGGAUGCACGUUAUCGAGUAUGAUGGGAAGUCUCUGGUAAAUGACAUUGAGGAUAAGACUUUGGACACUGCUCAUCCUCAGGCACCAAUGACUUCCCAUGAAUAUUCAAACUCCCUUCAACAGAUGUCCAUCCCAGCUUUGGCACUUCCAGGACAUGCUGGCCAGCCUUCAAUGGAUUCAGGAGUAACAGUUGGAGGUUAUCAUGAUGGAACAACUUCUAGAUUCUCCUUGCAACCACAUAAUCCUAGUCUUAACUCUUCCAUUCAGUUUGAUGAUAACGCAUUUUCUCUACAAAACCAGUUGAUGAGUGUUCCACACCAUGCCCAACUUCCAAGAAAUGAGAAUGGACUAACUGUUGGUCCUGAACAAUCAUCUACACAUGGCUUUGACCCUGUCAGCAUUUCAAAUCCUACUUAUAGAGGAGUUGAAGAAUACUUCCCCGAGGAAGAAAUUCGUAUUAGAAGUCACGAGAUGCUAGAAAAUGAAGAUAUGCAGCAUCUACUCCGUAUGUUUAACAUGGGGGGCCAACCAAAUCCUACCUUUAAUGGCCAUGAUGAUGGGUACCCUAGUUCAUCUACAUACGUUUCUGCAAACCCCAUGGGCUACAAUUUUGAUGAUGAACCAAAUCGUUCCUCAGGCAAAGCUGUUGUAGGCUGGCUCAAGCUGAAGGCAGCAUUAAGAUGGGGGAUUUUUAUUCGGAAGCAAGCUGCUGAGAGACGGGCACAACUUGUUGAAUUGGACGACCCAUAGAGAUCUUUAAUGAACUGACCGAUAGUUUUUUCUAGUUAUAGCAUUCAAGGCUUCUUUGCUGACAUUCCGAAUUGUUCUCAUGCUAUAUUUCACAGCAUGAGAAAGGAUAUGAAAUCUGGAUUGAACUA